GUCACUUCAGCGUUGGUGUCAGAGGUUAGCUAGCGCAGCUAGCGCUACAAGUCCCAGUCUGAGCACCGAAAGCGCAGUUGUAUAAGACACCUCACCGCAGACACUUAAAUCCUUUCAAAAGCCUUUGCAGCUACAGUCUGACGCAAAGCGACACUAGAGGAAGUGUUGUGUUUUGCCAAAUGUUUCAAGGCAUCCGUUUUUUACGAGACCUGACGUGACGCGGCGGUGGGGCUGGCUUUCCUCCACUCUGCCUGCAUUGAUAAACGGAUAUGAUGAUAAAACAGCGCUGAAUGCAGCGGAGCAGCAACAACACUCAGCUCUGACCAUGGCGGAAGAGGACGACGCUAAGAUUCGGAUUUUACAGAGUCUGCGGGGUAAAAUAUGGAAAAGUGACAACAGCAAGUUUUACGUGGUCUACAUCCACUGGGCCAUCUUGGUGGGAAGCUAAGAACCUAGGUCCAGUUUCGGGUCCAAAUCGACAAAAAGACCUCUGUACAUUUUGCACCGUAAGUCUGGAUCAGGAGGAAGUUUUCCGCACCAAAGUUUCAGACAAAAGCAUCAGCCCUUUCUAUGGAGAGGAUUUCUACUUUGAGAUCCCGCGCCCUUUUCAGUGUUUAUCCUUCUACGUUUGUACCAAGGGCGUUUUUCAGAGGGACCUGCCUGUUGGCAAGGUGUCAAUUCGAAAGGAUGAUCUGGGUAAAUACAACGGAAAGGAGAACUGGUUCAGCCUCCAGCCGGUUGAUCCCAACUCAGAGGUUCAGGGUAAAGUUCACUUGGAGAUGCGACUGAAUGAAGUGAUCACAGAAAGCGGCACGACAGGUCAACAGUUAGUAGUCCGGAUAAUCGAGUGUAAGGACCUGCCUUUGAUCAGCGGCCAGAACUGUGACCCUUAUGCCACCGUUUCUCUCACGGGACCUGCCAGAUCAGACCAAAAGAAAACGAAGGUAAAGAAGAAAACCAGCAACCCUCAAUUUGAAGAAACAUUCUUCUUUGAGGUCACACGGCCCAGCAGCUACUCUAAGUCUAAGUCUAAUUUCCCUGUGGAGGAGGAGGACAUUGAAAGGCUGGAGAUUAAAGUUGAUCUGUGGAACAAUGAAAACCUGGCUCAGGACGUGUUUCUCGGGGAGACGCGAGUUCCUGUCAAGAUCCUCAGAAAUGACCACAUUCACAAAGCCUGGUAUCUCCUCCAGCCCAAAGGGAACGGCAGCAAAUCCAAAUCUGAUGAUUUAGGAUCCCUGCGUUUAAAGCUGACCUACAUUGAAGACACGGUGCUGCCAUCUGCCUGCUACACACCACUCUGCAACCUGCUGCUCAAAUCCCCAGAUGGAAAGCCCAUCUCAGCAUCAGCAGCACACAUCUUGGGAGACAUCUGCAGAGAGCGAUACGAGGCGGUUCUGCCAAUGGUCCGACUGCUGCUUUAUCAUAAUCGUUUUGUGCCUUUCGUCUCUGCCGUGGCAGCACUAGAGCUGGAGAACACUCAGGAGGCUAACACUAUUUUCCGUGGCAACUCUCUGGCAACUCGCUGCAUCGACGACAUGAUGAAGAUUGUAGGGAAGAGUUACCUGGCUGUUACGCUAAAGCCUGUAAUCGAUGAGAUUUGUGAAUCUAACAAAACAUGUGAAAUUGACCCCAUCAGACUAAAGGAAGGUGACAAUGCGGAGGUCAACAAGGAAAACCUUCAUGUUUAUGUGAAGAAAGUCUUCUCCUCCAUCACCCAAUCCAGUGCCAACUGCCCCCCUCUCAUGUGCGACGUAUUCAGGUCUCUCAGACACUUGGCCUGCAAACGAUUCCCAGGUGACCCACAUGUUCAGUACUCGGCUGUGAGCAGCUUUGUGUUCCUGCGUUUUUUUGCCGUGGCCGUUCUCUCCCCACACUCCUUCCAACUGCGCCCCCAUCACCCUGAUCCGGAGAUAUCCCGCACACUCACUCUCAUCUCCAAAACCAUCCAGACUCUGGGAAGCUGGGGAAGUUUGUCCAAAAAACUGUCCAGUUUUAAAGAAAGCUACAUGUAUGACUUCUUCAAAUUAUUCCAAGAAGACAAUUGCAUUGAAAAAGUGAAAAAGUUUCUUGGUGAAAUCUCAUCUACUGUCAACAAAGAGUCCAGCGGAGUGGAGGAUGCUGUUGUCCUGAAGGAGGGGGAAGUGCAGAAACGCACCCAAACAAAAAAGUCUCUUGUGAAGAAACGCUUUAAGAAGAGAUGGCUCAGAGUGACCAACAGGGAGCUGUCCUACCACAAAUGUAAAGGGAAAGAGGCCCUCUGCACCAUCAACAUCAAAAACAUCCGGGCGGUGGAGAAAUUGGAUGAAAGUGCCUUUAACCGCAAAAAUAUGUUUCAGGUGGUCCACAAUGAGAAGCCUCUUUAUGUUCAGGCAGGAAACUGUGUGGAGGCCAGCGAGUGGUUGGAGACCCUGGGUCAGGUCAGCCGCUGCAACGAGGGACGCUUGGCGAAUUUCCACCCGUCCAUUUACACGGGCGGAGCCUGGCAGUGCUGCAAACUCCAGAGUACCACCGCUCCAGGCUGCAAGCCCUGCACAAUCACCAUGCUGGCCAACCUGCAGCUGGACAUUGACUGUGACCGGGAAGCAGAGAGAAUUUUCUCCCUCCUCUCCUCAAAUGAAGCCAAGCUCCAGAACAUGGAGGAUGCGUGUGCCAGUAUGGCGGUGUACCAGGGCCCUCAGCGAGAGCAAGAGGAAUACUCCAAGUUCACCAUUCAGGAACCCAAAGAGACAUUCCAGACGCUCAAACAGCUCCGAAACGUCAUGGAGGAGUUGCAAAGGCAGCACAACAGCAGGAACAACAUCACAGCACAGUACGGAAGCCUUGACAACCCCAUCGUGGGGAAAACCUCCUAACCUGUGUGGCCGGGUGUGGCCAGAAACAGCCACACCAGCAGGUGGCAGCGCAGCACAGAGAAGCUCGGUGGUCCUCAUGAAGUCAGAUGGCCGCUCUGUGACCAGGAGAAUGCUAAACAACGUGACCUCCUCGUGUGUUUCAUCCACUAUGAAUGAACUCUGACUGAUUGUUUCCUCCCAUGAUUGAUGUCCCUUUCUUUUUACAGCUGUGUGACAGAAGCAUCAUUAGAUGGUGUGUGAAGAGGCUGCUAUUAUUUUAUUGUUAAAAUUAUUAUUAUUCACUUGGUUUAUAAUAACACCUGCAACGAGUCCCCAUUUAGUUUAUAAAUCAUCAUUCUGGAGGAUUGUCAUCUAGCCGUGCCCCUUCAAUCUCUUAGUGUCCUUCUGAACAAGUGUGUGUGUGUGUGUGUGUGUGUGUGUACCAAUCUGCCUUAUUGAUGGAGGUUUCUUUCACAUUUAAUGCUGAGGAAAAAAAUGCAGAUGCACUUUAAAUAUUUGGAACUGUCCGAAUGGAAAUGAUGAGAUACUUGGUAUCAGCUUUCCUCAUUUUGAUCAGUUACAUGAUCUUGAGUACUUUUUGUUAUUUGUUUCAUUCUUGUAAAAUAACAUUUAAUGCCUGUAAAUACUAAGAUAUUUUUCUCGACCAAAGGCAAUCUCUUGGACUAUACGUGUAAAUGUAUUUUGUAUACAAACUGUUUAAAAUUGAGACAAAUGAUAUAUGUUCGGUUUGUGUGUAAGGUUUUCCUAACACAUCUUUAUCUUUUAUUGAAUUAGGGCAAGCGGUUUGCAUGCGUUGCGUUUGGAGUCCUGACAGCAUGACUGUGGUGAAGAGUUGUGUUUUUCUGUGGUCGUGAAUCGUAUCGGUGCGGUGUGUAGUUUUACCGAGAGCCUCCCACACCUAGACCCGCAGAGAGAAUCGAUCAGACAAUCAUAUCAACUAAACCCAUAAUGCACGCCCAUUCUUCUCACCAGCAGCACACCGCAGCUCCAGCUGUUUGUUUUUAAUGCUCACAAUCAGAAGCUGAAAAUCCUCCACGGCUGUCGACUCAAUCAUUCACUGCCAGAACAGACAGAAUACUAAACGGUUCAAUAAUAAUUACGGCUCUCAGAUAUGCUAAUGUGAACAGCCACACACAGAAAAAAGACAAACCUUUCACAUUGUGACGGUUCAGUUUACUGAAAUAAUCGUUCGUUUUUGACUAAAAGCGGUUUGAUUCACUCCUGUCCUUAUUUUCGCUCCUCUGUGUGAUCAGUCCUACGCGUCUGAACAAUGAAGAAAACCAAACUUGAAAUAAUUUGAACCUAUCAGACAUUUCUAAUGCUACAGGGUUAACCACAUCUGUACGUGCACAUAAGUCGUAUCAUAUUUCAAACAUGCCAUUUUGGGUGAUUUCAGUCUGUUUCUGAAGAGAAGCUGUUUUUCUAUCUUUGCAUUGAUGACAUCACGUUUAUUUCGAGUUUUCACCUGAAGCUGCAGCCGACGCCCUUCGCAUGCAGGCUGGGACCAAAUGAGCCAAAACUCACCGUAAAAUUAUUUAUCAGCUGAAAACUUUCACAAAGCAAGACUGAAUUUUUUAGAAUCUGAUUUCUGACUCAAUUUCCUGAUUUUAUUUGGGAAAUUUCAAUGCAUCUAUUAACGUAAUUAAUAACAAAAAUCAGUUGUCAUUUGUCAGCCUAAUUUUUUAAGACCAGACAGUUGGAGAAUGUUUGCUAUUUUAUAUAAAAUCUGCCUGUUUGAUUUAAAUAAGGGAAUUCUGUUCAUUUCUUUUUUCUUUUUUGCAUUAUAUCUGAAAAUAAGAAAGUAUGUGUUUAAAUGUGCAAACACAUGAAUACAGCAUUGAUCUCAAUGAGGUUCCUGUAAGAGUUUUACCCAUCUGAAAGGGAUUUUAAAUUUAUGUUUGCUUUAAAUGAACACCAGUCUAAAUGUCAUCUGAGUCCCUGAUUUAGGAUGAAGCACUUUGGCAUGGCAAAUGGGACAAUUAAGUUUCAGAUCAUAAGUCUGCUCAUUAAAUCUUCCCAAUUUUUUACAGAUGCUAAUUUAAAAACAAGCUCAUUUACCUCCAAUCAUUUUUACGUGUUGGAACAAAGAGGGAGACUACAGAGAACGGCCUGAAGGCUUCAUCUAAAGCUUUAUUUAUUGCUUUGAUCAAGAAGCUUUUUUUUUUCAUUUUAACUGUUGCAAAACAAUUAUUUACACAUGUCCGGGUCUUUUCUGUAUUCAGUUUAAUGUCUUCUUUUUUAUACUAGUGAAACAUUUAGUUUUGCAUUCACGGUCCAUGCUUCGUCUGUUCAGAAUAAACAAGUUGCCAUUGCUUUA